AUAAAAUAGGCAACCAUUGUGUCACGAUAUCUGUGUGCAGUGCUGCACUAGGUUUUUGUGUGUGUGUGUUGCUUUCAACUACAAUUAAUGUGUGUCUUUCAAAAGGGCUAGACUGGGGGGUAUUAAAAUAUACAGACUGCAUAAAGUUGGCCCAACGAGUUUGAAAGCAGACACUCAACCGUGGCCUCUUCAAAAUAGUGGCAAAAUGACGCACACCCUUGCCUCUACGGCGACUUUGCUGGUAAUGUUUCUCGGAAGUGCUGUCUCGGCUGUUAAUCAGGCACCAUGCUGCAAUCCCAAGCAGUUUACUGCUUUACUUGAGACUUACGACACCAUCUUGAAUAAUGGAACCGUCACCACCUUCGAAGGCAGAACCGAGAUGGCGUACGACGCCAUCAACGAGCAAGUGGCCGAGAUUGACCACGUCUACAAUGACGUCACAGGGGUCACAGUGAAGGUCAAGAUUAUAUACGACUACAAGAAGGGGAAGAAGUACAUCAUUGAAGACGGCCAGUGUACGCGCAAGUCCUUGAGUUAUCCGUUCCAUGAGCAAUGCAUUCCAGGCAUUGCAGUCUUUGACGGGACGGUUUCAGUUGGUCUGGGAGACGCUUUCCAAGUGAACUCGUUUCACUUCCUCAUACCGAGUGGAUCGCCGAGCUUCGACCUCAUGGUGCGGUACGGGGUGGGGGCUAAGGGGUGUAUCCCGUACCAGAUCAGCAUCUUCGCCACCAAGACGCAUACCAAGGGGAACACCGGAGGGAUGAAAAAAAUGGGCUCAUUGCCCCCCAGCCACCCAAUGUUCGCCUGGUUCGCCACGCCCACCGCUGGCCCUAAUAAGAAGCUGAGCUCCUUCCACCAGUACAGCAACUACCAAGAUGGCAUCCAAGAUCCAAGCUUCUGGUUCGAUCCGCCGUCGGGUUGCCACUAGUAGAGAGUGACGUAGGACCUGAUAAAAGAGUUGCCAGCUUUGAAUAAAUGCUAGAGCCACAUGCUGCAUUUUACAUGUUGCCAUAAUAAAAAAAAACCCACUUAUGUGUACAUCCUUUAAUUUUUAGAUUGAAGUAAAUCUACUAACAUUCGAAAAAGGGAGCUUGGGCAAAUCGUGACCAGACAGCAGGGGGCGCUAUUCACGGUUGCCGCUAUUGAAGCCACCUGCCACUAGGUUGGGCUAUUCAUAAUGAACUCUUGCCGAUCGACAACAAUAAUUGUACACAAAAAUUGCACGUUCAUUGAGUACGUUUUUGCCCUAAGAUCGAACUGAAUAAGUGUUACUCUGAGUUAUUCACAAAUUUUAAUUUCAAUAAAAUGUUAACUUUAGAGAAAUGAAGUUUAACGAUCGCACAGACUAACUAACUACAUUCCUUAUUUUACUUUAACAAACUUAAUGUUUUAAACCAACCCCAAAACUCAUAGAAAAUGGACUUCUUAUUUUUUCAUAUUUUAUAUUCUAGUGUCAAAAAUAUUAAAUUAGACCAUUCUAUAAACGUGACUCCAACGAGGCAUCCAUUUCGGUGGGCGAAGGAUAAUCGACUACGCCGUAAUUUGGCCACUGUCGCCCGUUGCCUUCUAAUUCUCGCGCUGUGCGUGCUCAGCCCAGGGCUCGGGCUAUCAACGGGGAACAACGUGACCGUGUCUCAUUAAAAUUAAAGGGGCGUUCGUGCCCUCUGUUCGGUAGAUCUUUCGGUCAUACUGUACACAAAAAAGUCAUUUUGGAGUAUCUUACAAAUUGAGAAAUCUUCAGCACGAAUUGCAGGUCUAUGAAAAUAUAAGAAAUCAGGCACACCGCUGAUUCCCAAAAAUACAAAUGUAAAACCAAUCGAUUCCGCAAUAGCUCUAUUCCAUAUUUAUUACCGACCCGCUGAGCAUGAAUCCUUAAAUGAUCUUUUUAUGACAUGUUUUUUGUGUUUGUUGUUAUCUGUAUCGUAUGCUUAUUUUAGAUGUUCUCAGCUAAUCUUUAUUUUUCUUAAUUUUUGUAUAAUUUGAAUCAUUUUUAUCUCAAUCCAAUUUUACAGAAACUGCUUUUAAAACUAAUUAUAUGAUGUCCUCAAUUCGGCCUUUGGGCUUCUAUGUGUCAUUUUUUAAUGAACCACGAAUGAACGAAUGAAUGAUCGACAA